ACCCAGGUACAGCCAACUUGGCUGUACCCCCUGCCAUUGUUAGGCGCGUGAAUCCCACGCGCGGGUAGUUAAUUUUGAAAAAAAAAAUGGCACGUGAGGGUAAUAAUUUCGCGCAGGAAUGGCCUAUAAAUACAAAAAAAAAAAAGGAAAAUCAUUUCGAAAACCGUUCAAAUUCUCAACACGCAAAAAAUUUUCUCUCUCCUCUGCCCACUCUUCUACUUCGUUGUUUUCUCUCUCUUAAAACCGCCAUUAAACUUCCUGCAACCACCUCAAUCAACUUUCUCUCUCUUCAAACCGCUACUAAUCUUCAUUAUUAAAGCUGAAUUUCCACAAAAUAUCAAGAGAAGAAAUCUGUGACUUCUUUUUACUGAAAAAAAAGAGAAAAAUGGAUGUUCGUGACGAAAUUGACAUGAACAAGCUUCAAAAUCCACCGAAAAGCAAAAAAAAAACGAAGAUGCCGAAAGAAAAAAAGGAAACGACUGGAAGAUCUAGUGAAGAGCAAAAAAUCGGGAAUGCAAAGCAACUAGACAUGAAGGAAACUGGAAAAUACGAAAUUGAGAAGGAAAUUGAAGCUGAAAAGCAAAUAGACACAUUCCAUGAAGGAGAUGGGAAGGCAUGUACAACUUCUGAGACAGAAGUUCAAAAACCAUUGAGUGAAGGAGAUAAGAAAUCUUCGUCAAAAUCACAGCCUGAAGUUCAAAAAACAUCAAGUGAAGAAGAUCAAGAAGAGUCUUCAAAAUCUUUGGUACAAAGAAAGAUUGCUACAAAAAAUAGGGGCAACAACUUACUGAAACAACUUUUAGCAAAGAGCAUAAAGCAGAACAACAAAAAAAAGGCUGCACAAAUGGUAGCUGCAGCUGCUGCUGCUGCAAUGGCCAGCAAAGAAGCUGACAAAAGGAUAGAUACAGCUGCCGUUGCAGCACAAAUAGAAGCUGAGAAAAUGGCACCUGCAGCUGAUGCAGAAGACAAAAGAGUCGCUCAGGAAAAGGCGUCUGCAGCUGAGAAAGAAGCCAAAAGAGUGGCUGAGGAAAAGGCAUCUGCAGCUGAUGCAGAAGCGAAAAAACUGGAUGAGGAGAAGGCAUCUGCAGCUGAUGCCCAAAGAGAAGCUGAGCUGAAAGAAGCUGAAAACAAGAGGAUCGAGGCUAAUAAGAAGAAGGAAGAAGAAGAUAAAGCUGAAGCAAUGAAGAAGGAUUUAGAGGAAAGAAAGAAAGAAUAUGAAGAAAAAAUGAGCCAGCUUAUGGCUAAAAACAACAAAGAGUUGAUAGAGGAAGCGGAAAGGAAAGAAGCUGAGAGAAAGAAAAGAGAAGAUGAGAGAAAGAAAAAAGAAGACGAUGAUGCCACAAAAGCAAUUGCCAUGGUGGUUGAAAAUGUAAAUGCUUCAGAGAGUGAAGCUCAAACCAUUGGUGGUAAAGGCACAAAAAGAGGAAAGAAGACAACAGCUACCAAGAAGAACACCAUUCUAAGUAUUACUAUGGAUGAAGAACUACAAAAGAAGUUGCACAACAUAUCAGAUUCAUACAAUCCGAGAAGAAGUACAAGAUCAAUGGUGAAAGUGCAACAAAAUGUUGGUGCUGAAGUAGUUAGCAAAGAAGAAUUUGAAGGCAAAGAUGUUUCUGGAGUUACUUCCAAAGUAACAAAUACUCCAAAGAAAAGGAAAGCGGCUGAGAAAGAAGAUGAGGAUGAGCCUUUGAAUGUUGAGAUAAUAAAAAUAAAAAAACAAAAAGGAGUUGAAAAAAAAGCACCUGUUAAGGGAAGAAUUCUUCCUCUUAGGAGUGCAUUGAAAAGAAAUAAGAAAAAUGAUAUUGAAGAAGUGAAAGAAGAACAGAAAACAGAACUUGCAAAAGUCAAUGUUAAAGGAAAAAGGAAAAUGAAAAAAAGAAAGGAAGAAGAAGAAGAGGUUCAAGAAGAAGAGGAGUUAGAGGGAAAUGAUGAAGAAGAGCAAGAAGAGGAGGAAGAACAAAAUGAGGAAGAAGAGGAAGAAGAGGAAGAAGAUGAGGAAAAUGAGGAAGAUGAAGAAUGGGAAGAAGAAGAAGAAAAAGAACAAAACAAGAUGCCAAAAGAGAAAACAGUACCGGUGAAAGAGAGGUUGGUUCAGUUUGAAAAACAAAGACAAAAAAUAGCAUCAAAAAGAACAGCAGCAAAAGCAAACCUACCUGCUGAAAGAAAAACAAAAAGGAAAAUAACUGAUGAAGAAUAUGAAGUGAAGGAAGAAAAUAUAGAAAAAGCUUUAAUUGUGGAACGGGAGGUUUCCCCUUUGGCGAUGAUUACCAAAGAAGUUCCUGCAAAAAAGAAACCAAAGAAAUCAAUUGCUGUUUACAAGGAAAAAGUAGCAGAAGAAGAGGAAGAAAAAACUGGAGUUAGAGGAGGACAUGGAAAAUUCAUCAGUUUCAUUUCCAUGAUGAAUGAACAGAAGAAGGAGGCCGUUCGGAAUAUCGGUCUAGGAGCAUUGCUAGAUUUCCAGCUACCUACUUCAUCCCAACAAUUUGUUACAUGGCUAUGUAACAACUUUGAGGAAAACAGCCAAUAUCUUUAUCUGCCGAAGAAUGAGAAAAUCCUGAUAGAAUUUGAGGACGUGAAAAAGAUAUAUGGCCUUCCUAGCGGUGAAGUAGACAUAGUUGAGGCAAAGUCUGACAAGGCUAGUGAAGAGUUUUCUGCAUUCAUGGCAAGUUGGAAAAAGAUCUUUGGGAAUAAGGUCCCAUCAGUUCAGAAAAUUUUAAAUUACUACAGUCAAGAAGACCAAAUUGAGGCUGGACCGGAUGCAAAUUUCAUUACAAGCUUCUUGGUGGUCACUGUCAACACGUUGAUCAAGAGCACGUUGUCAAACCAAGCAUACUUCAAAUUUUUGUUCUCAAUGAUGAAUCAUGAGCAGAUCCGGAACUUGAAUUGGUGCAAGUAUGUGUGGGAGGCACUGCUCUCAACUACUGCACAGUAUAAGAAAAACCUGAAACAAAAGGACAAAGCAACAUUUUUCACAGGACCAUUGCCGUUAUUGACGAUUUUCUAUUUUGACAGAGUUCAAAGAAUGAACUUUUUUCCUCCAAGACGAAUUCCACUUGUGUCCUGCUGGACAAAGGAAAUAGGACACAAACGGAAUAAAUUGGAGGAAAGUGGCUUUGGAUUGGGGAAGGUGUUACCCAAAAUCAAUAUUGAAGAAAAACAAACUCGCAAGGAGUUUAUGGAUGAGUUUGUCGGUAUAAUUCAAGCUGUUGGUGACAAUUUGUCAAAGCUUUCUGAUUCACUGAAGAAGGCGCAAGAAUUCUUCCCAGGAAAUGAGUUGGUAUCUAAAGUGGAAGAGUUCUUGUCAAAAAUGGCAAAAGAACCAUCAUUAAGCCAAGAUGAGUGGUCUGAUGACUUCAUUAAGGCUCUGUUGGAAAAAGAAAAGGAGUUGUUGGAUGCAAUUGAGCUGGAGAAAAACAAAGCAAAAAAGGAUAAGCAGAGAUAUGAGUAUGAUAUCAAGAAUGCAUUCGACUUGGGACUUUCACCAUCACCGAUAAUAGAUGAUGACAAGUUGAAACGUGAGAAAGCUGGUACAUCCACCUCUACGCCAAAUUUGUCACUUGAAGAAAUAGAUGAAUCUUUGGCUUCUGCUAUGCUGAAUCUAAAACAAAGAAGGGAGGAAGAGAAAAAAGAAAAUGAAAUUGCAAAAGCUAAGAAAAUGAUGCAAGCAGAAUCAGAAGUGAGUGAACCAGCUUCAGAAAAACCAAAAACAACAGUGGAGGAGAUUGUUGUACAAGAAGAGAAGAUUGUGAGCUCGGAUGAAGCUACAGUGGAGCCUGAGUUGCAUGUAUCAGAAAUGAUGCCUGUAACUAAUGUAAUUGAAGAGGAGCCUGCACCAGAAGUGAGAAAUGAAGAGGUUUCUGCACCACAAGUGAUUGAGAAGAAGGUUACACCAGAUGGGGUCGAGGAGCAGCCUGCAAAAAAUAAGAAAAAUGAAAGUGCUGAACCACAAGUGGUUGAGAACACGGUUGCACAACAAAUGGUUGAGGAGCCAGCAGAACCUCAUACUCCUACACAGUCGCAGGUGCAACAACCAGUGGAAGCUGAACUAUCUGUUGGUGCAGAACAAUCUUCUCUUCCUUCACCAAAAACUCCAUUGAAUGAAGUCUCAAUAUCAACAUUAAUUUCAAGCACAAAAACAGAUUUGAAAUUGGACGAAAUUUUUGAAGACAAAGGAGAAAAAGAAGAUGAAGGAGAAGGAAAUGAGAAAGGUGACAAAGGAAAAAGACCUCAAAGGAUUCACAAACUACCGGCUGCCUUCUCUUCUCCAUAUUUGGUCAAGUAUCGAGACUUGUUCAAAAAUCUGGACACAAUGCAUCAAAGCCUAGCAGAUUAUGUCUUAAGUGGUCAGGACAACAGUGAGGUUCUUUAUUUUGAUGGAUACAACUACAUCAAUAGAGAGGACAUGAAAACACUGGUUGAUGAAGUGGAAGUGGUUGACUGUGUGAUUGAUUCAUGGUCAAAGUAUCUAAAUGCAAAGGGCCAUAAAGAUAAACUCUUCCUUUCAACAGUUCCAUAUCAUAUUAUGUGUACAAACAAGGUGUGUCCAGCAGGAUCCUCCUACGAAAAAAGGCUUGAGGAUUUUAACAGAAGGGUUAACGAAGAACUGGUUAACUAUAAUUUCAAAAACAUUCAUCAAUUUAAACAGAUAUUCAUCCCUGUUCUUGCUGCAAAACACUUCUAUCUCCUAGUCAUCAACCAUUACAAUGCAACUGUGGAUGUAAUUGACAACAGGCCUCUACCAAGAAAUGUAAAAUUUGAGGAUAAAUAUGAGGGACACCCAGAAGUUGUGUUGGAUGCUUUUGCAAAAUAUAUGGGCACAUUUGGAUAUGAGGUAGAACCAAUGCAAAAGUAUGAAAUGAAUUUGGUCAAGAUGAAAUGGAGAAGCAUGAAAGACUAUACAAACUGCGGUGUGUAUGUCAUGAAGCACAUGGAGACCUAUACUGGUGAUCCAGAACAUGAAUGGAUAUGUGACUUGAAGGCAAAUGAUACAAAUCAAAUAAGGAAGCUUCGUGUCACUUUCUGUGGUCUCCUAAUGCUUUCAAAGCAAAAUGAAAUGCAUGAGUCAAACAUAAAUGAAGCAUGGAGGAGUUAAUGAAAAAUUAAGCAGAUAGUAUUUCAAGGUUAACAAACAAUAGAUAGAUUUUUAGUACAAUGUAAAGACAAUAUUUUGGUAUUUUGGUGGUUUGUUCAAAAACAUAUAACUUGGUGUUCAUUUCCUUUAUGUUUAAUAUUCAGUUUCCUUUGCUGUAGAAAAUCCAAUGCACAAACAAAUACUCCAAAUCAAUAAUGCAUACAAAAUAAAUGUUUUUUAACUGCUUGAUUGAUGAAAGUUACAUAUAAUGAUUAAUAUCGUUAAACAAUGUUCAUUGUAAAAAUAGGUAAUAAUCAAUAUGAUUCAUACAACGUUCAAUUAUUAAAUUACUGAUAUUUAUUGUAUUUCAAUAAAAUGUUCAUUAUUAAAAUACUUAAUGCUCAAAAUUUUCAUAUAGAAUAUUCACUUUGAAAUACGUAUUGUUCAAAACCUUUAAAGAAAACACAUUAACAAAUACGUAUUGUUCAAAAUCAAGUGAACAAAAGUAGAUAAUGUUGAAUAUAUUUGAUUAAAAUGUUCAU